GUGGUUUUAUCGAUUCAACCUCUGAACUGCUCUGAACUCCAAAGAAGCUACUGAUGUGACAGAAUGAUGACAGAUACAGAGUAGAAAGGUGUUUAAUUAGAGGUUAUUAUAUAGAUUUGUUCUAUAAUUUCAAUUAGAUUACAUAGGUGUAAAUUGUAAAAAUGGCAAGCAACGCAAUAACUUCAUUUCCUGAAGAAAUAAUCGUGUACAUCUUGGAAGAUAAACGCCUGAACUUUUGCGACGUGGUUAAUUUCAGCUCGACAUGCAAACAUUUGUAUAAAAUUGUCAACGACAGUAAUAAACUUUGGAAGACAAAAUUUUUUCAAAGAUGGCCGCUUUUAAAGGAAGCAUAUCAGACAAAUCAGAGAUUAGAGAAUCAAAUGUUGGUUUGGAAGGAGGAGAUAAAAGCUAGUCUCAGCACCAGGAGAAAGUUAAUUGAUCAUUUAUCUAUGAUGUCCAGUAAACAUUUCAGAAAGCAAGAGUUGUCUGAUGUUGAAUUUAAAGAAUAUAAUCCUUUGUUUCAUCCAGAAGAAGGAGCUCACCCAUUAGGUUACUAUUUUCUUGUAGAUGAACUUAUGAGCUUAAUCAGAUAUCCUGCUAUGGCAAGCAAUUUAACACACAGAUAUUAUGCUCUCAAAGUUAUUCGAUAUUUGAAACAGAGUCACUUGAAAAACGAGUGGCAAAAGUUUAUAUCUCUGCCAGCAAAAGAGCAAACCUUAGAAUACGGUGCAACUAUUGUAGCACAUUGGAGUCAGCCAGAAAGAGAUGUAUCGUACUCAUCAGUAUCAUCAGCCUUAGAUAAUAUUGCACAGCAAACCAAAGACUUACUGAGAGAACAAUAUCCAAAUCAUUCUAUAUUUUCAACUCCAGAAGAGCAGUUUAUUCAAUGGAAAAAUAAUAUUAUAGAUGACAAUCAGUGGAGCAUUACAGAAACAAAACAAGUAACAAAUGCAUUGUGUGAAGUAUUAUUUCAGAAAUUAGGGUUCUAUGGGAAUAGUGCAAUGUAUUAUUCCUUAGAAAGUUCAUUUAUAGAUCGUGUUUUAGAGCAUAAAUGCGGGAUUCCUAUUACUUUAGCAAUAGUAUUUGAAAGCGUUGCUCGAAGACUCGGUAUACGGUGUGAGCCUGUUAGUUUUCCAUCACAUUUUUUGUUAAGAUGGAAGGAAACAUAUGGUCCAAAAUCAAAAGACAAGGAAAACUUUUAUAUCGACGUCUUCAAUGGUGGCGAGUUUCUAACUAAGAAAGAUUGUCCAAGAAUCGGUGAUUCUAAAUGUCCAAUAGCAAAAUAUAACGUCCAUGAACCAGCAUCUGCUGUAGAGGUAAUAACAAAAAUGGCAAGUAACAUAGAAACAGCUGCUAGACAACAUACUCAGAUAAACAUCAGAACUGCAAGACUGCGUUCAGCUCUCGAGCUUCGAUAUAUGAUAGAACCAAGUGAUACAGACAUAAUUUUACAACUAGGUCGUAUAUACCUCUUACAGGAUAUGGAUUUAACCGAAUUAGUGAAAAUCGUAGAAAAUAUGCAAAAAGAUUCAGAACUGACAUCAAGAGGACAGGCAAAUGAUAUUUCCCAAAGGUUUAAAAACAUUCAGCAAUGUCACAAAAAUUUGCAGUUGGAAGAAGAAGUAAAACCGAAGGAAAGAGUGCCAGGCGUGAAAUAUGCGAUAGGAUUGAUAAUGAAACAUAAAGUACUUGGAUAUCUGUGUGUAAUAACAGGAUGGGAUGCACGCCUCGUGCCGUCUCCUAAACGGAUGAACGUAUGGAAUGAAAUGAACGUAGACGCAGAUACAUUCUAUAACGUAUUUGUGGACGAUGGAUCGUGUCAGUAUGUGGCUCAAGAAAAUUUGCAACUCGCUUCGAAUCCAGAAUGGAUAAAUCAUCAUGCGAUUGGUAGGUAUUUUUAUAAAUUUAAUGGUACUCAUUACGUACCAAACGAAGAAGAAGCGAGAGAGUAUCCAGAAGAUGAAAAAGUUCGCAAUGAAUUGCUUGCUAAACACGAAAUGUCGCGUAAUACCACUUAAUAUUUUAUUUAUUUUUCCAAUUAAAAUGCAAGUUAAUAAGAUAAAUAUUUUUUUCUGUAUUAUAUUCAUUGAUAGUGCUGAAAAUCGUAUUUCUAUAAAAAAAAAAACACGAUUUUUUUUUAAUAAGCUUCUAUGCAUUUACUGUAAAUAAAAAAAUCAGAAAAAUUUUUCUUUUUUAGUACUGAACAUAGGUGUAAAAUUGUAUAUGUAUAUGAAAAUUUUAGUAGGCUAUACAUAUAUACAUAAAAGUUUUCGAUUAUAUGUAUAAUACAGUUAAGUAUGUAAAUGCAUACACACUAUUGCUCAUUGAUAACAUUUAUCACCAAUGCUACAUGAUAAUUCGAAAAACGUAGAACAACUUUUAACUCUUAAAUCAGUUCAUAUGUGAUAUAAAUGUGUAUUGAAUACACUGUUAUUUGUAAUGAGAAUGAGAAGUAGUCCAUGUUCUUAUAACAACGCUUUGUUAAGUAUCAAUUCUUGAUCUACAAACAGUAGUUAAAUUGUAUUUUUCAAUUUUAGUAUAUAAAUUUUUAAUAAAUAAUGUACAACGAGUUUCAGAAUAGCAUUAAAUAAGAUUUAACUAUAUAACGAGUAGAAUGAUGAAGGUAUUUAUUUAAUUGUGGUCUUUAUUUUAUUUUUCUGUCAUGGGCUGUGCUCGCUUUAUAUAUAUAUAUAUUGAUAAUCAACCACAUAAAAACAACACAAAAUUU